AAUAACUGGUGAUAAAAGAGUUUCAGCGGGGGCAACCAUGGUCGAGCUUCUAAAUCAGAAACAACUUUAACUUAAAAAUAGGAUUGUGAGUUAUCGUUUCCCCAUAUCUAGACGACCUUAACAAGCACCUGAGGGGAGGAAAAAGUGAAGUAGGCGAAGACUCAAGUGAAUGGCAACUUUGGCACUGUCAUCUUUAUCCUGCCCUUGCAAGAUUGACCGUGGCAAUGAAAAAUCCUCCUCGUUGACACCAACCCAAGCUUUAAAACCACCAUCCAUGAAAACUUGGCAAUUCCCACUUAACCCCGAAAAUCAAAUUGGGUCAUUGCAGUUGGUACCCCUAUAUGCCACAUUGAAUAGCCCAAAAGGGUUUGGACCACCACCCAAGAAGAACAAAAGGACAAAGAGUGGCGAUGAAAAAGACGAAGGUGAAGAGGAAUUCGAAGAGGCUGAGGCAGGCGUGAUACCCGAGGUGGUAACAAACCGGAUGAUAAGCCGAAUGGGAUUAUCGGUUGGGAUUCCAUUGUUUAUAGGGCUGUUGUUUUUCCCGUUCUUUUAUUAUCUCAAGGUUGGGUUGAAAAUCGAUGUUCCAACGUGGGUGCCGUUUAUUGUUUCCUUCUUCUUCUUUGGGACGGCUUUGUUAGGGGUAAGUUAUGGCAUCGUGUCAUCUAGUUGGGAUCCCAUGAGAGAAGGGUCACUCUUGGGAUGGAAUGAGGCUCAGAAGAACUGGCCUGUGUUUUGGCAAUCCAUUUGGGGUGGAUCGCGUAAGAAGUAGGACGUUUCUUCAUGCUUAUAUACUGCUAUUUUCGUCUCAA